GAUUACUUGUCAGAGGGUUUUACUUUUAGCUUCCCCCAUCGUGCAAGGCCACUCAGCCAUGUACCAGCUGGAGUGAUCUUUAUUCACAAUGUCUUUGCAAAGGCUCAUGCAACAGAGCAGCAAUGGCAAUCUGGUGGACUACUGCACUGGUCCGGCAUAUAGCUCUUACCCCACACUCACUGGCAACUUUUCCAUGGAUGAUAACAGAAGGCUUCAAAUGCUGGCUGACACUGUGGCUACUUUGCCUCGGGGACGAAAGCAGCUUGCUUUGUCGCGAUCAAGUUCUUUAGGUGACUUUUCCUGGUCUCAAAGAAAGCUUAUUACUGUGGAAAAGCAGGAUAAUGGAACAUUUGGAUUUGAAAUUCAGACUUACAGGCUCCAGAACCAGAACACCUGCUCCUCAGAGCUGUGCACUCUGAUCUGCAAGAUCCAGGAGGACAGCCCAGCACACUGUGCUGGCUUGCAAGCCGGUGAUGUCCUUGCAAAUAUCAAUGGUGUGGGCACCGAAGGCUUUACCCACAAGCAAGUUGUUGACCUGAUCAGAUCGUCAGGAAACCUGCUAACGGUAGAGACUUUUAAUGGAACAACAAUUCUCAAAAAAGCCGAGCUUGAAACAAAGCUGCAAGUUUUAAAGCAAAACUUGAAGAAGAAAUGGGUGGAGUUCAGAACUCUGCAGUUACAGGAACAGCGCCUGCUUCAUGGUGAUGCAGCUAACUGCCCAAGUUUGGAAAACAUGGACAUAGAUGAGUCACUUUUGUUUGGGAACUUGCCAGGGUCAGGCUCAGCCCUCCCGGACCGGAACCGCUUUUCCAGUGAGAGCAGUUGUAAGAGCUGGCUGAGCUCCCUGACGAUGGACAGCGAGGACGGCUAUCAGACAUGCAUGUCUGAGGACUCCAACAAGGGCGCCUUCAGCCGGCAGACAAGCACAGACGAUGAGUGCUUUGUCCUCAAAGAUGGGGAUGAUUUUCUGAAGAGGUCAUCUUCGAGGAAGAACCGGAACAUUAGUACCGCCAGCAGUGGGUCCAUGUCUCCCUUGUGGGAAAGCAACUUCUCAAGCAUGUUCGGGACCCUGCCCCGAAAAAGCAGGAAGGGAAGUGUCCGGAAACAACUCUUGAAAUUCAUCCCUGGCCUUCACCGCCCUGUGGAGGAGGAAGAGAGUCGCUUCUGAAAGCUGGGAUGCCUUCCCUAUGAGCUUAUUUCAUAAAUAUUUCUAGACUUGUUUAGGUCAACUCCACCCAGCUUAGUGGGAAAGUACAAAUGAAUUGCAAAACUGACAUCCCAUUUCAUGGCAAUAGUGACCUUUAUUUAAAGUUUUUCUAUCAUUACUUUUGCUUCUUAAUUUUUCAACUAGAACAGCUCAAGUUCUAGGCAGACAGUAGGAAAUAAAGUUGUAAGUUAGAUCAAAUGACAAACCAACACAAGUGCUUGCUCACUCCAAUGCUGCCUGUGAAGACAAGAGUCAUAUUUAUUUUGUAGAUUAUCCAUGUGAAAAAUUGAGAACUUUGGAGGCAAGUGUAAAUAAGAGAAUGACAAUAUAAUUAUUUGGAAUACAUUAUGUAGGUUAAUAGGUAGGUAUCAAAACUUUAUGUAAGCUGUAACUCAGUAACCUCUGGAGAGGUUUAAAAAUAGGCAAUUUUGAAUGUUUCUGUUGAAAUCUAUCAAGGAUUAUAAACAAAGAUGAUCAUCAGCCCUUUUCAUAUCCACAGUGACAAUAAAGAAGGAACUAUAUGUAGAAUGAGGGUUUAAGUUUCAUGAGAUCCUUGGAAAGAUAUUGUCUAAGGUGGGUGUUGAGGAAGAUUAUAAUAAAGUUUGUUUUAAUAGGUAGUCUAAACAAAAUGGAUGGAAAUGGUAUUCUUGCUCAAUUCACUUUUCAUUGUGCCUAAAUAUUGAUGACAAGACUAGACCUCUCAAGAUCCUACAGCUUUGUGAUAUUUUUAAAAAACAAAUAUAAAAUUUGAAAAAUUAGAGUCAAGAAAAGGUUUUUCCUCCUGUAGAUUUUUUCACCACAAUCCUUACUUUAUGUUAUGUAUUUUAAAUAGUUUUUGCCUUAACACUCUGUAGCCUAUUAAUUAUGUUAGUAUUACAUUACUUCUAACAUUCAAUCACAUUUUUGUUCAAUGCCCAUUAAAGUCCAUAAUUUUUCUCUUCUGGUGAUACAGCUGCUCAUUAUGUAUACUCUAGAGUAGAUAAAUCGGACAAUGAAAUAAAUAGCCCUUAUUGCCUUUAAGUUGUGUGUGUGUGCACACACAUGCAUGUUUGGGAGAAAUAGAGAUCUCAUAGUUGAUUUUGAGUAGGACUGCUGCAAUUAAACAAACUGAGUGAAAAAUGAGUCAUUUGAGAAUAAAUGGAGGAGAGGGUAAGGAAGCCUGUAGGGUAAGAAAUAAAUAAUGAAAUAAAAAUGAAAGAUUUCUAACCAAGACCUGCUCUCUUAAUUCUUUGAACUCAUAAACAUCCUGUGGGCUCUGCUUGAGAAUCAUUCACAUGAAAAGCAGAGUGCACCACGUUUCACAGAAACAAUGCCUAGCAGGUUGAAAAUGAUUUUCAUGUGAUCCCUGAAAUAACCCUGUAGAUAGGGGUUAGGCUUAUAGAUAAAGAAGCAGGAAUUUGGAGAAAUUCCCAUGGUCCAUGUCAGGGCUGAAAUUGGAAGCCAGUUUUUCCUGGCUCUAGCCUAUUAUCUCUAUCUCUCUAGAUAUUGCUUACUCUUUUGCUGGUUAUGUGCAGUUAUCACCAUAGGCCACAGGACUCCUCCACACCACCCCUGUAAGAAUACAUAAAAUGUACAAUUGUAGAUAUGGCAUGGACUAAGGAUAUUGUCUUUGGUAAACAGGGAAACAGACACACACUUAGGGUGACUCUCCUGGUCUCCAGAAACAAGUUUUCAGAUACAGUCACAUUUAUAAUUGCAUGGUUAGUGAUACAUUUAUUUUCAACAAGGGCUUGCAAAUGGGUUGUGCUGACUGACAGUGCUUAUUUCUUAUCAUAGACUAGAAUUAUCAUGUUAAAGAUAUGCUUGCAUGAAUGCAGCAUUUUCUGUUAAUCCUACUUCAUGGAGCUCAGGGGAAAGAAAUAUCACAUAUAUGAAGAAAGAUGACUUUAAAGUCUUCUACAAUGGAACAAUGAUUUGAGAACUACCACAGGUCUGGGAGAGCAGACCAUAGGGCAUUUACUUUUCUUGUGGCUUUUAGUAUUGAAUGUAGUGUGAUUCUUGUUUCUUACAGUAAACAUCAAACCCAAAGAGGCACAGGAAGGGGGCAAAGCAAGUUCCACUAUAGUCUGUGGUACAAAGAAUUAGUGUCAAGAGGUAGCUUUGUUCUGGAAAUAAAGAAAAGCACUUUUUAAAACCAAAGUACAGGAAGGAAGGGCAUGAUAUGUUUUGUGUGUUCACAAGUUGUGAGAAAACUAGCUAUUUAGUGGAAAUGUGGGUAAAUUUUCACAACAUUACUUUUCAGGCUGAAUGUGGUCUCACUAGGGCUUUGGUUUUCAUUUCUCUGAUCUGAUGAAACAAUGACACACUUUGAUGCAAUCUGCUAAGAAAAGAAUUGAAAAGUCAAGUGCUUUUCUAACCCUCAAACUUGUCAUAUAUGUAAGAUUGGUGAAUUACAUUAAUUGGUGAUUGACAAUUUGUUAUGAAAAUGCAUUUUCUAGUACAGCAUUGCUAAACAAGAUUUGAAUCAUGGAUACUGGGAAUUGCUCUUGUCAUGUGGUUAAAGGAGCAUUGCCAUGUCAAACAGGUGGAAAUGAUAUUUUUUGAAAUACAAUUUUACUCAUCACUUUCUACUCUGUGAUACUUUUAUGUCUUAGUUGCUUGAUGCAAGAGUAUUAAAAUUAUAGUUUAUAAUUUUAAUGUUUGAUUUCUUUGCACUGAAGAAAUCAAAUGUGGGCACAGUUUAUGUGUACUGAUUGUAAAGUGUAAGUAUUUAUGGAUGUAUAUAAUCUAAGGACAGUAAAUAAUACAUAAUAAUGAUUGAAUUAUUUAGAUCACAAAAUUACUGGUAAUUUAUAUCAAUUUCCUGCAGAACUAUGGGCAAUAAAAAAUUUGAUAUGUUUCUGAAAUAAAGUGUGCUAUUAUUCAGUGUCA